GUCUACAAAUUGCAUAGGACCAACAAUAAAGAAGAUGCGUGGUGGCGCUGCUUCUCAAAACAACUCUCUCUUUCUUUAUUAUUUAAGCCUUCACCUGGCGGCUUCAAAUUCUCCAAUACAAUAUUCACUCACACACUCACACUAUGGGUAAACCUUCCACUUCCUCUUCCUCUUCUUCCAACAGUAGAAGAAGAACUCACAAUUCCUCCAAUCUUUCUUCCUCUAUCACCCAUCAAAACAUCGAUGAACAACAGUAUCUCCAUCAUCAUCCUGAUCUUAACCUUGGAUUGAGCAUUUCCGGAGGACAUUGGCAACCAUUCCAGCAGCAACAAGGUGGCGGUGAAGUUAACGACUGUGGCGGCGAUUACGGUAGCUUCUUUGUGAAGGUUUACAUGGAAGGGAUUCCUAUUGGGAGGAAACUUAAUUUGUUAGCUCAUAAUUGCUAUCAAGAGUUGGUUAAUACUCUUGAACAUAUGUUCGACACUACGAUACUAUGGGGCACUGAGAUGGAUGGAAUGCAAUCAGAGAGAUGUCAUGUGCUAACUUAUGAAGAUGGUGAAGGAGAUUUGAUUAUGGUUGGGGAUGUCCCUUGGGAGAUGUUCUUGUCAUCUGUGAAGAGGUUGAAGAUUACUAGAGUGGAUGCAUUCGGGUUUUGAUUAUUGAAGAUCAGGCUUCCUCCAAUUUUAGUGAUAAGAGAUAACCAAAGUGAUGAAUGAUACUCUUAGCAAAGGGGUGAGAAUGUGAAAGAAGGGUUAAAAUAUUGUUUUUGACCCUUGAUUAGAUUUUUAGCAAGGUGCUUUAAGAUUAGGUCAAUUUUAAAUUAGAAGUGAACAAAAAGUGUUUUUGAAGGGUUAUAUAAGAAUUUUAAUGAAUUUUUUUUUUCUGAUGGUUUUAUGAAACUUUGUGACAUGAAUGAAUAAAUAGACAGCAUAAUAUAUUUUUUGUCCACG